CCAUUACACAUUCCCAAAAUUUCCUUUCAUUCAACACACAUCUUAGUUCUCCUCACACCAUCAACACAUCGUAGCUUAAACUCCAUAGACCUUCUUCCUCUUCUAGUUCUUCAACAAGCUAUCAAGACAUAAAAAAAACCAUGUCAAAUCUUCAUCCACCGCAACCGUCCGAAACACCUCCAUGGGAAACGCCGUCUUCAAAAUGGUAUACUCCAAUAAACACACCAUGGAGAACAACUCCAAGAAGCACAAAUUCAACUCCGAGUACAACACCAAUAGCUCUUACCGAAGUGACUGUGUCUAAAUCACCUUUAUCUCGCCAGAAUAGCCCUACAACGCCUAAGCUAGACGGUAUCGAAACACAGCCUUUACACGAGACGAUGGUUCUCUUGCAGCUAAGAACAACCCGGACCAGUCCAUGGAUCUGGUGUGGUGCAGCUUUGUGUUUUAUCUUCAGCAUACUACUUAUAGUCUUUGGGAUUGCUACUUUGAUUCUCUUUCUAGCCGUCAGACCAAGAACCUCUGUUUUCGACAUCUCUAAUGCAAAGCUCAACACCAUUCUCUUCCAGUCACCCGUUUACUUCAACGGUGAUAUGUUGUUGCAGUUGAAUUUCACCAACCCAAACAAGAAACUAAAUGUGAGGUUUGAGAAUCUUCUCGUAGAGCUCUGGUUUGCCGACAUAAAGAUUGCCACACAAGGUGUCUUGCCGUUUUCGCUAAGAAACAGUAAGACUAGGCUAGAACCGAUCCGUUUGAUUUCAAAUUCGAUCUUCUUGCCUGUAAAUCAUAUAAUUGAGCUCAGAAGACAAGUGACCAGCAACAGGAUAGAUUAUGAAAUCAGAAGUAAAUUCAAAGUGAAAGCUGUUCUUGGCUUUGUUCCUUAUUCGUAUUGGCUGCACGGGAGUUGUCAGCUUCAAUUGACCAGUCCACCAGCCGGUGGCUUAGUUUCUCGGAACUGCACUACUAAAAGAUGGUGAAGAACAGCGGUCAUCUUCAAAUUCUCUAGCUUUUCCACUCUUCUUUUGCCCCUUCACAAGAUGUAAAGAGGAAUCAAGAUUCAAUAGACUCUAUGCAAGAACCGAGAUAAGAGUCUGUUCUGUAUUGGUAAGAUAGAUUUAGUAAUUAAGAUUGGUGUAAUUAAAUGAGUCAAAGAGAUAAUUCUUAUAAGGCCAUAUAUUCUAAUCCCGUAUU